AUGUCCGAAGAAGCUCCCAACUCCCCAGAUACUACCCCCAUUUCUCCUAUCAAGGAGCGCAAGAACUCCUUAGAGCAGGCUCUCAAGGCUCGCCCAGACGAGAAAGAGCUCAAAGAACGCCACAUCUUGCAUACUGGAGCUCCUGCUAUUCAACAGGUUCAGCACGACCUUGAAACAGCUAUGGCCAAGGAUGCUUUAAAGAAACAUCUGGCGAAGAGACCGGAGAAAGAGGAUCUUGUGCAGCGCAAUAUUCUUCCUGUCAAUGCCAAUGCUGUCGCUCCAGGUAUAGUGGCACAUCAGAAGGAAUUGGAACGGUCCAUGUUGGAAGACAAUCUCAAGGAAAAACUUGCCCACCGUCCGGAUCCCAAAGCUGUCAUUCAGCAGGGAAUUCUAUUGCCCGAUGAAGACCCAACCCGGCCUCAAGAAUAA